ACAACAACAACAGCAGCUUCUCUACCAACAUCAAUUACAACAGAGACAGCAGCAGAUGCUUCUCUUACAGCAGUUGCAGAAACAGCAACAACAACAAGCCGCCAUGUCUAGGUUCCCCUCCAACAUCGACGUCCAUCUCCGCCCCCCAGGCUCAAUCCAGACUCGGCCAAUUGUUCCGCCUCAGCAGAACCCUAAUCCCAACCCUAGCUUGGGACAGCCUACACCGAAUCUCCAGCAGCAGCAGCAGGUUGUAGCGAGUCAGCAGAUGCUGCAACAGCAGCAGCAACAACAACAGCAGCAGAAAUUGAUGCGUCCGUUGAAUCACAUCGAGCUUCAAUUCGCUUAUCAGGACGCUUGGCGUGUCUGCCACCCUGAUCUCAAACGACCUUUCUCUUCUCUCGAAGACGCUUGCGAAAGGUUACUGCCUUAUCAUGUUGUAGCAGAUUACGAAGCAGAAGAGGACGAUAGAAUCCUCGAUUCAGACCCAACAGGCCAAGCCCUUUCCCGCUCUCAGCAGUGGGACAACAACAUCGCCGCUAAAGUCGCUGAGUUCACUGCAACCUUUGAGAAACAAGCCCUAGCUUUCAACAUAAUCACUCGAAAGCGAGCCAUGGGAGAGUUCAGAUCCGAGGAGAGGCUUAUGGUGGAGCAAGCUCUGCUGCAAGAAGAGAGAAAGGCGUUGCUGGAGCUUAAAGCAGAGAUGGACAGAGAGAAGGCUGGCAGGGAGGCUCAGGAGGCUAAGCUGCGGAUGGCCGCGUUGGCUCAGGCUGGGCAGUCGCAGUCCCACGCCGAGAUAAUGGCUCGUAACCCGUUGAGGGCUAACGCGGUUGGGAAUCAGGGUGGGAGUAUUCAGCUGAGUCACGAGAUGGGAGAGCAAGGACGUGGCAUGAACCCUGAUGAGAUGAUGAAUGGGUGGGGAAACAAUAGUCAGAGAGAGGAGAAGGAGCCUUCGGAAGAUUUCUUGAAUGAUGAGGAGAAUGAGAACGGAGAGACUGGUGAACAGGAGAACUGGCGUGAAGCAGGGGAGUUCGAUUUGAACAGCCGCUAAGUGACCAAUGUGGUUGUUGUGGAAGUUAUAGUUUGAACAACUAGAUUCAAGAUGCUACACAUGGCAGGAUGGUCAGGCUCAAAGUCUGCCGCUAGCUGAACCAUCAGAUGUUGAAGCCAAGUAAGCAUUACUCGGUUUUAAUGUUAAUGUAGCUUUAAUUAGAUGUGUGUUUUAAUUUUAUUGAAUAGUGUCCUGAGAGUUCUUCAUUAUACAUGGAGAUGGAGUGGCUUGUUAUCUAAUAAGCGAAUCUUGUCAAAGGUGUAAGAGCUUCAGGUUCUAAAGCUUGUAGUAGGUAAGCUUAUGUACUAAUGUGGAUUUGUUAUGUAUGUAUGCAUUGGUUUGUUUUUGUUACGGAUGAUUGUAAUAGUAAAAUGGUUACUUUUGUUC